AUGGAGAAUGUGUUUGAUCACUAUGACCUGCUGGAGGUGAUGGAAGGAACGGAGAAGCGCCCCGAAAACGACCCGGAGAAGAGCCUGUGGGUGGGGAAGAGCGCACAAGGCUACCUCCUACUAGGGCAAGCGUUGGGGAGCAGUCAAAUCCGUCACAUCAAUCCUUUCCAGCGUGAUCCAAAGAAGGGACCAAAGGCAUGGGCUGCUCUCAAGGGUGUACAUGCUCCUGCAACAGCGGCGGUAGCUGUGGUGUUGGAACGGCCAAUGACGACGCUACGAAUUGAGGAAGAUGAACGUGUGGAAGACGGGGUGCAGAAAUUAUUCGACUUGUUGACGACUUCCGCCGCCGUGAGUUGGCGAGUGCGGAUGGCGCUGGGGCAGCGAGCGUCGGCCGUGGAUAUGGCCGAGGAAGAGGCAGAGGACGUGGGGGAGGAAGAUCUGGUGGCGGCAACUUCAGUGGAGGCCGCGGGAAUGGCAGAUACAGCAGCGACGACAAGAGCUACGGUCGCGGUCGCGGACGUUUUGACGGCAAAUGUCACUAUUGCGGCAAGAGCGGACACAUGUGGCGCGAUUGCUUCAAGCUCCUUGAUGGUUGGACCCCUACUCAAGGCCAAGAGGGUAGAGGAGCAGGAGGAGGGAGAGGAAGAGGCCGCGGAGGCCGUGGCGGUCGCGGAGCAUCUCACAUCGGCUUUGGGGCAGCGAGCAGAGGUGAAAGGCAUGGGCAAGGCCAUGUUCAAGGGUGCUGAUGGGAAGAUGGUGGGCCUCAAGAACGUGCUUUGGGUGCCCAGCCUUGCUGCGAACCUGAUUUCCAUCCCUGUGGUCCCCAUGCCUAAGGAGAGGCAAGUGGCAGCAAGCGUCAGCACCAAGGAUGAAGCGGUUAGUAGCGGCGAUGGCGCGAACGGUCACGCUAAGGAGAUUGUGUCCAAGAAGUGCAAUCUUGGAGGGACCAGCAAGCUCGGUGAACUCGAGGAGAGUGGUGUAGCAGCCAAGAAGCGGCACAAGGGUGAGGAGAGCCCUGAGGCGGCAGUGGAGGAGGAGUACGGAGAGAGCAUGUGGGGCGCUAUUGCGAGCGCGACAUUCUCCAAUACGACUUCCGCUACGAGGGAGUGUGAUUGGCUCACCUUGCAUCGGCGCAUGGGGCAUGUGGCCCUGCCUAUUUUGCAGCAGCUAGUGAAGAACCAGAUGGUUGCUGGCAUAAGUGUGAAGGGGGAGCCCGAUGAGGUGCUUGGCUGCCCAACAUGCUUGCAAGCCAAGUUCACCCGGUUUUCGUUCUCGAGCUCCGAGGCAACAGCUAAGGCACCACUUGAUGAGGUGGUGAUGGACGUGGUGGCCCCCCUGAAGCUAGGAGCUGCUGGAGUAGAGUACUUCCUCACCAUUGUCGACGUCUACACUCGCAUGACUUGGGUGUAUGUGCUGGCCAAGAAGAGUGACGUGGCUGAAACGUUGAAGACGGAUUGGUUCCCAAUGGUGGAGCGGCAACAAGACCGUCUAGUCAAGUCAAUCCGCACCGAUCGAGGGGGAGAGUUCGUGAGCAAGGAGUUGGGGUUGUGGCUGAAGAAGAAUGGCAUUCGGCACUCCCUCACCAUGCCAUACUCCUCUGCAAUGAACGGCAUCGCCGAGCGAGCGAACCGGACGAUCACGGAGGCGGCACGCGGGUUGCUCAUUGAAGCCGGGCUACCCGAUUACUUCUGGCCUGAUGCGGUGCGGAGCGCGUGUGUGGUCAAGAACAGAGUUUUGACUCAUGUGGGAGCAGACAAAUGGGUGCCCUAUGUGGAGUGGCUUGGAAGGAAGCCAAAGGUGGAUAUGCUUCGGGUGUUCGGGUGCAUGUGCAUCGCGCUCGUGCCUAAGCAUCUUCGGCACAACAAGCUUGGUGCCAAGGCGGUGUGGGCCGUGCACUUGGGCAUGGCUCAAAACAGCAAGGGGUGGCUUCUUUGGGACCCAUUCACCAAGAAGUUCAUGGUGAGCAGGGACUGCAAGUUCAUGGAGAACUUCAUGUACAAGGAUUGGAUGGCGGAGAAUGAGGCGAAAAUAGCUGAGCAGCGGCACCACCACCACAAGGCAAUCCUCCUUGUGAAUGGGGGAGAGGAGGCCAGGGAUGCAGAGGAAGAAGAGGAGGAGGAGGUGCAGCAACAACGCCAAGGCCUUCAAGUCCCUGCAGCUGAGGAGGAAGGAAGGGGGAAGAGGAGAGUUCAACCCCCUAAUAGGCUGACCUAUGAUGCGCCGGGAAAGCAAGGCAAGACGGCCUUGGCUGGAGCGGCAAUGAUGGUCGGAGACGACGAGGAGAGUGACUACGAGGAGUGUGCGUUCGCAUUCUUCUCUCCGGUGGAGAUGCCGGGGAACCAGCAACUCUCAAGGAGGCCUUGGAGAGCAGUGAUGCUGAGGAAUGGAAGAAGGCGAUGGAGAGCCAUUACGUCCAAGUGGCUCUUCAAGAUCAAGUCGGACGCCGACGGCAAGAUCGAGCGUUACAAGUCUAGGCUGGUGGCCAAGGGGUACCAGCAAAAUGAGAAGGUGGACUUCAAGGAGCUGUUUGCUCCAGUGGUGAAGCCGACGACGCUGCGAACCCUAUUCGAGGGAGCCGCCGUCAAAGGUUGGGUGGUGAAGCAGCUAGACAUCGUAACGGCGUUCCUCAACGGAAUCCUUGAGGAGGAGAUCUUUAUGGCGCAGCCAGAGGGGUUUGACGAUGGCAGCGGCAGAGUGUGGAAGCUGAAGAAGGCCCUCUAUGGGCUGAAGCAGGCCCCUAGGCAACGGUACAUGAAGCUGCGCGAAGUGUUGGAGGAGAUCGGCUUCACUCCCUCAACGGCCGAUCACUCCUUGUUCAUGCUUGGUGAGGGGGAGCAGAGGAGCUUCAUGGUGGUUUAUGUGGAUGACAUUCUCAUAUUCUCACCCUCCUCUGACCUUGUGAAGGAGGUGAUGCUGAAGCUGCAAGACAAGUUCAAGUUCAAGUCCCUUGGUGACGUGAACUUCUACCUCGGGCUUCACAUCGAGCGUGACGUGGAGAAGCGGUGCAUGCGGGUGCACCAACGGAAGUACCUGGAGGCCUUGGCGGCCAACUUUGGGCAAAGUGAAGGCCAUGUGGCUAUACCCUUUCCCUCUGGGUUCAAGUGUGUGAAGGGACCAGAAGAGGAGAGCGUGGGUGAAGAGGAGAGGCGCCGAUUUCACUCGUUAGUGGGCAGCCUCAUGUAUGCGGCGGACAACACUCGGCCGGACGUCGCCUUUGCUACCGGGCAGCUGGCUAGGGUUGUGCAAUGCCCUAAUGAGGAGCAGGUAGCAGCUGGAAUGAGGGUGGCCAAGUAUCUUGGCCAAAUACGACCGUUGGGCUGCAAUACUCGGCGGCGGCGCAAAGGCACCAAAAGGGCGCGGAUGGAGUUGAACCCGGGCGCUUGUUCCUUACCGCCUACUCGGAUGCUUCAUAUGCAUCUGAAACCAGAGGACAUGACAGGUGUUGGAGGGUUCAUCUGCUGUGUUGGUGGAGGCCCUACUGCUUGGGAAAGCAAGAAGCAGGUGGACCAAGCAUUGAGCUCGGUGGAGUCCGAGUACAUGGCACUCUUCCGUGCCGUACGGGAGAUUGUGUGGCAGCGGCGUUUGUUGACUGAAUUGGGGGAGGAGCAGCAAGGACCUACCCCAAUCUACUGUGACAGCCAGGGUGCUAUUGCACUAGCCAAGAAUCCUGUCCAGCACGGUCCUCACCAAGCACAUGAGGGUGAAGUGCCACUGGACGAGGAGCAUGGUGGCCGCGGGUGA